CUCCUGUUCGAGUGCUCCUGAAGGGGCGAUGCUACCAUUCGUUCCUCAGGAGGAGCCCUGGGACCAAGACAUGGAGGUGUUCAGUGGCGGAGCGAGCAGCUGCGAGGUAAAUCAUCUUAAAAUGGAUGAUGAGCCAAUGGAAGAAGGAGAAGCAGAUUCUUGCCAAGAUGAAGGAGUUGUUAAAGAAAUUCCUAUUACUCACCACGUUAAGGAAGGAUAUGAGAAAGCAGACCCUGCACAGUUUGAGUUGCUCAAGGUUCUUGGUCAGGGAUCCUUUGGAAAGGUAUUUCUUGUUAGAAAGAAGACUGGCCCUGAUGCUGGGCAACUCUAUGCAAUGAAGGUGUUAAAAAAAGCCUCUUUAAAAGUUCGAGACAGAGUUCGGACAAAGAUGGAGAGGGAUAUACUGGUGGAAGUAAAUCAUCCAUUUAUUGUCAAAUUGCAUUAUGCCUUUCAGACUGAAGGGAAACUUUAUUUAAUACUGGAUUUUCUCAGAGGAGGAGAUGUCUUCACAAGAUUAUCCAAAGAGGUUUUGUUUACAGAGGAAGAUGUGAAAUUCUACCUUGCAGAAUUAGCCCUUGCUUUGGAUCAUCUGCACCGAUUAGGAAUUGUGUAUAGAGACCUGAAGCCAGAAAACAUUUUGCUUGAUGAAAUAGGACAUAUCAAGUUAACAGAUUUUGGACUCAGCAAAGAAUCAGUAGAUCAAGAAAAGAAAGCCUACUCAUUUUGUGGUACAGUGGAGUAUAUGGCUCCUGAAGUAGUAAAUAGGAGAGGUCAUUCCCAGAGUGCUGAUUGGUGGUCAUAUGGCGUACUUAUGUUUGAAAUGCUUACUGGUACACUGCCAUUUCAAGGUAAAGACAGAAAUGAGACCAUGAAUAUGAUAUUAAAAGCAAAACUUGGAAUGCCUCAGUUUCUUAGUGCUGAAGCACAAAGUCUUCUAAGGAUGUUAUUUAAAAGGAAUCCAGCAAAUAGAUUGGGUUCAGAAGGAGUUGAGGAAAUCAAAAGACAUAAUUUCUUUGCAAAUAUUGACUGGAAUAAAUUAUAUAAAAGAGAAAUUCAACCUCCUUUCAAACCUGCUUCUGGAAAACCAGAUGAUACUUUUUGUUUUGAUCCUGAAUUUACUGCAAAAACACCUAAAGAUUCUCCUGGUUUGCCAGCCAGUGCUAAUGCUCAUCAACUCUUCAAAGGAUUCAGCUUUGUUUCAACUUCUAUUGCAGAAGAAUAUAAAAUCACUCCUAUCACAAGUGCAAAUGUAUUAUCAAUUAUUCAGAUAAAUGGAAAUACUGCACAAUUUGGUGAAGUAUAUGAAUUAAAAGAAGAUAUUGGUGUUGGCUCCUACUCUGUUUGCAAGCGAUGCAUACAUAGAGUUACAAAUAUGGAAUUUGCAGUGAAGAUCAUUGACAAAAAUAAGAGAGAUCCUUCAGAAGAAAUUGAAAUUUUGAUGCGCUAUGGGCAACAUCCCAACAUUAUCACUUUAAAGGAUGUUUAUGAUGAUGGUAGAUAUGUUUAUCUUGUUACGGAUUUGAUGAAAGGAGGAGAACUACUUGACCGUAUUCUCAAACAAAAAUGUUUCUCAGAACGGGAAGCUAGUGAUGUACUGUUUGUAAUAACUAAGACAGUUGACUAUCUUCAUUGUCAAGGAGUUGUUCAUCGUGAUCUUAAACCUAGUAAUAUUUUAUAUAUGGAUGAAUCAGCCAAUGCAGACUCCAUUAGGAUCUGUGAUUUUGGGUUUGCAAAGCAACUUCGAGGAGAAAAUGGGCUUCUCUUAACUCCAUGCUACACUGCAAACUUUGUAGCACCUGAGGUUCUUAUGCAACAGGGCUAUGAUGCUGCUUGUGAUAUUUGGAGUCUGGGAGUCCUUUUUUACACAAUGUUGGCUGGCUACACUCCAUUUGCUAAUGGCCCUAAUGAUACUCCUGAAGAGAUACUGCUACGUAUAGGCAAUGGAAAGUUCUCUUUGAGUGGUGGAAACUGGGACAAUAUUUCAGAUGGAGCAAAGGAUUUGCUAUCCCAUAUGCUACAUAUGGACCCACAUCAGCGAUACACUACAGAACAAGUAUUAAAACACUCAUGGAUAAUCCACAGAGACCAGUUACCAAAUGAUCAGCCAAAUAGUAAUGAUACAUCAUAUGUUGUUAAGGGAGCAGUGGUUGCCACAUAUUCAGCCCUCACUCACAAGACCUUCCAACCAGUCCUAGAGCCUGUUGCUGCCUCAAGUUUAGCUCAGCGACGGAGCAUGAAAAAGCGGACAUCAACUGGCUUGUAAGAUUUCCAGUGUUCCUCUGCCAAACUGGAUGAAGAGAUAAUUAAAUGUGUGGCCUUUGCCUAAUCUCAUAUCAAAGGCAUUGUUUUCUGCUCCAUUACUUGAAUAUUCUGUUUAAGUCUUCUUAUUUAAAGGGAGUGAAAUUAAAAAAUAAACAUACAUAGGUCCACAAUAUUCAUAGUAUGUUGUUUUGCUGUAGUGUAUAAAUGGUGUCCACAAGGUCCUAACAGUUUCUCUGCACACUAACUUCUAAAGUUCCUUUUAAAUAAAGCUACUUUAGUAGUUUUUCUGGUUUCAUACAAUAAUGAUUUGGGGCAUCAUUACCAAUAAUCAAGUUGCAAAUAUAAUAGUAUAAUGCCAAUCAAUUUCAGGAUUUUUAAACAUAAGAUCCUGAAGGAUAAGCUUUUUUUAAAAAAAAGAAAAACAAAUUGAAAGUGAUUUGUAGAAGCCCAUUAUUAUGUACAACCAAAGGAUUCCAUUCAUUUGAUAGUAACUCCACUCUGUAAUUACUAAAAUGUAGACAUGGUAGUUUAGUGCCAGAGUAAAAUUUGUUUGUGCUAAUUAUGUGAACUACUGAUAUGGUUGGUGCCAAAGUUUUUACAGAAUUAAAUUACAGAUAAUGUGUGCAGUCAGACCUGUAUAUUGUGCAUAAGUGUCCUCAUCUAGAAAUAAAGGUUUUCACAAGGUUUCUUUAAAGUUCACUUCUAUUGGAAUUGUACUACAAGAGAAAAAUCUUUUUGGCCAAAGGCUUUAUAUUGGUAUUGUGACCUACUAAAUAGGUCAUAAGUAAGCCUUUGAAAAUAAAAUACAUGGUGUUCACACUACCUUGAUGUUAUGUAAGCUGACUUUCAAGUGAUCCAAUUGGAUUUAGUCAUCAUCAGUCCCCCCUUUUAAUGAAUUGUACUGUUGUUUUUUGGACUUCCAUGUGCGUUGAAUUACAGUGUAACGUAUUAGUCUACCUUGAAUUGUAUGGCAGUAUAGUUGAAAUUUUACUGUAGUGAGCUUGUGAGCUUAGCACACAUGAUAUAGUAUAAUGCCUAUCAGCAAACUUUAGACAAUGCUACAUAAUAGUUAUUCUUCAAGAAGAUAAACUGGUAUUUUAAAUAGAAAGUAAUAUUGAUGACCUACAUAAAAUUUGAACACAUUUAAAAAUUUUAUUAGAAAAGAAAUCUGGCCAAUUUGUUCUGGUCUUAUUAAAUUUAUGAUUCAGAAACACUAUGUAGUAUGUAUUGUUUUCUCUAAAUGAUACAAUUUUAAAGAAUCUUUUUUGCAUUGUUGAAUAAAAUACUAUUGCUACUACUACUACUACUACUACUACUACUGACAGAAAGAACACAUGAAUGUAAACUGGAGGAUAUUACAGUUUUGUUUAGUGAAUAUAAGUGAACUACUUGUGUGUGUUAGGUGUACUUUUUGCUGUGUAUUUUAUUUUGCUUAGUUCAGAUAGAGUAGAUCUCUAAUUGCUGAAGUAUACAACUUAGUCUAGGAGACAUAACUUUGGUAUUUAAUAAAAGAAACUAUACAUAUUCUCUUUAUAAUGUAAGUGGUAUAUAUUACAUGCACAAAGAUCUGUUUUUUGGAUGUGACGUAUAAAAUUCUGUAUCUUUAUUUUGAAAUGUCUUUUUCCAGUAAUUUAAAGACAUUAAAGAACAUCUAAUGUCA